AUGUCCGUACCACACAGUACGUCUAAGAGUGUUUACGCGGAUGCGCGUUACAGACAAAACAGUAGUGUGCCUGCUGAUCGCUAUCGCGUCGUGCCUCUCGCCAGCAUGGGAGAAUUUGUAGCUGAUGAGGAUGGAACGGUGAUGGCAGCUCCAUCCAGCACCGAUUCGCCCCACAGCAGCCCCAGCUCCUCCAUAAUUCCUCCAGUAUCCUCCACCUUCCUUUACAAUUCCAUGAUGUCUGCAACCCACUCUGUGUCCCCACAACCCCCGUGCCUACUCAAUGAAGAGGAGGAGCUGGAGGAAGAAGACAUGUGCCCCUCCUAUCGAUCAGGGGAGACCCGAAAGGCGCGGGAAUUCAUUCCAGAGAGUAAAAAGGAUGAAAAGUACUGGGAACGACGUCGGAAGAACAACGAAGCGGCAAAGCGUUCACGGGAAAAGCGACGUCAGAAUGACGCUCUAAUGGAGCAGGAGAUCGCGGAAUUGAAGCACCAAAAUGAGGCCCUGAUGCGGGAUAAUGCAGCCCUACUAAGGGAGGUUGCCGCGCUGAAAGCGAGGCACAAAGUAGACGCAGCGGAUCCGGUAGCACUUGCUCAGCCAACACCACCGCCACCACCACCCUUAGCUCCGACGUUGAACACCCUCGACCUUUUGGCCCUCCAGCGCCUCCUCUCCGCGCUUGCUUCGAACAAUGGCACCGGUGUCUUGGAUCAAGGCAAAACAAGAGCUGGCGGGGGAUUGGAUGAAAGCCCCUUGGACCUCAGUGGUGGGAAGCCGUCUCUCCUGCAGCACCAGUGCCUGGUCCAACCGUCCCCACCGAACCCCACACUUCCAGUUGAAGAGAUGGAGCAAAGUGAGUUACAAUUUGGCCUCUGCCCUGACCACAUUGAAAUAGCACCUCCCGUGCGUGUGUUCAACUCUGAUGACCUUGGUUUACUGCUUAGGUGCACGGUUGAGAGGAAAGCGUAUCUCUUAUGA